AUGGCGGCCCGCGGCGGCGAGGCCGGGCCCGAGGCGCGGGCCGAGGCGGAGCGCAACCCCUUCUCCUUCUGCGAGUUCCUGCGCAGCCAGAGCCGCGGCGCGCAGCUGCCCCAUGUCCCGCACGAGCGCUUGGCGCGGAGCCGGGCCUUCGCCGAGCCCUUCUUCGACGACCCGCGGCCCGGCCGCGCCUGGGAGCCGCAGCGGGACGCGUCGCUGAGCUCGGGGGAGGACGAGGAGGAGGAGGAGGAGGAGGACGACGGGGAGUGGAGCGCGAGCUACCGGCCGUCGGCCCACGAGGAGGAGGCGGCGGCGCUCGGGGCCCCCGGCCCCGCCGCCCGCCGGGACUCCUUGCCCGACCUCAGCCUCCCGCCGCCGCCCGCCCACGGGGAGGUCAGCGCAGCUGGAGAUGCUGAGCUUUGUGAGGAGAAGCUUGGAGGAGGCCAAAGUGUUGUCAGGUGUAGAAGUGGGAGAUUUGGAGUUGCUACCUGGGGGUGGUUCUUGUGUGUGAAGGUUAUCGGCCCUAAUAGAAACGCUCUUUUGCAGCUAAAAGAAGAAAAUGCCAAGUUAAGAAGCAAGAUUCACCAGCUUCAGAUCCUCUCUGAGGCCCAAGUAGACAAGGUAAGGAAGCUUGAAAAAAAACUAGAAGAGAACAAGAUUAAAGAGCAAAAGGAAGCCCAGGAUCUAGAAGCCAUGGUCCAGCAUGUGGAACAGAAUCUCCAAUUGAUGACCAAGCGAGCGGUGAAAGCUGAAAAGUAUGCUGCAAAACUAAAGCAGGAAAAUGCAGUACUUCAGGUUCAGCUGAAGCACUUCAAGACAGAGAAUGAAGCCUUGAAGUCUGGCCAGUCUGCUAGUCUGGCCAUAGUCAAACAAAAUGCAGAAGUUGCCUUGCAGAAUCUUCUCACAGUUAUAACCAACUCUCAGUCUUCAAUAAAGCAGUUGGUUUCUGGAGCAGAAUCGCUGCAGCUGGUUGCUGAACUUCUUAAAUCAAUAGACAGAAUAUCUGAAAUAUCAGAGGAUGGACCAUGAAAAGCUACACGUGGCAUUCUGAUGAGAGCUGUGUUUACAUGAAGAAAUCACUACUUUUGAGAUUUACUACUUUAAUGUAUUAUAAACCUAAACAUAUACAACCUUUACCCCUACUUCUACUGUGGAAAACCGCUAUGCAUUGGUGCAGUAUUAACCCUUCCUGUAUCAACAGUACAAAGAGAGCCUCUGAGUCGCUGGAAUCCAAUGUAGCUUAGCACAUUGGUGCUCUGCUGGAUUGCGAUGCAAGGGACCUGUCCUUUUAUUUGGAGCAGUGCAGACUCCUCGUGGGUGUGCUGGACUCAACUAUUCUCCUCGCAGCCUUCUUCCUCCAUUAGUGCUGUGACUGCUGUCGGUAUCUUUCAUCAUUCAGGAGCAGUAGUACUUGGAGUGGUUGGUGGGUUUUUUUCACUGCCAUGGAUGAGGUACAGCAGCAGAAAUAUUUUUUAUUAACUUUGUAUAAUAAAAUGUGGGAAGGAGCAGUUAUAAGGCAGCAAUGGUUUCAGCUCUUCAGUUUGAAAAUGCCUUUUUAAUUGGAUUAAACUUUGUAACCACACUUUUUUUAGAGAGAGAGAAAUUAAAUUGCAUAUAAUA